AUGCCCCACGUGCCAGACGAUCUAAAAUAUAAUCGCCGGCCACGAACCAGAUUUACCCAGUCUCAACUGUCAGUAUUGAUGGAUGCCUUUCAGAACAAUAAUCUUCCAAGCCUUGCUGUUAUGAAAGAAUUGGCUGCCACACUGGAGCUCGAUGAAGUCUCGAUAAAGGUCUGGUUUAAGAACCAGCGUGCAAAACAGAAGAAAAAACAGCUGAAAAUGCAGCUAGAUUCAUCACCUGGAACAUCCAUGCAACAUGUUUUCAAAAAGGAAGAGGCUCCAUGGCCAAAGCCUGCUACAAAUCCUGCACCAAGCUCUGCCGCUUCCGAUGGUCAGAACCCUCACCCACAGGAGCCCUCUGAUGCACAGAUCACUGGAAGAGAUGGAGCCUCUGCGUUUCCUUCAUCCUCACACACUCAGUGUCAUGAAAUCCAGGAAGAAUCUCUGGAGAAUUGGGACAAACCUUGCACUCAUGAUCUCCUUGAUACAUGUCAGUUGCUAGAACUCUACGACAUGCCUGGAGAAGAUGAUCUCAGCGCUCUGAAUCUAUAUCUCCUCCCAGAGUGCAUCGAGUGA